AUGAGUGUAAAGCUCAAGAAAUGCUGGAGAACCUCAGUAAAACAUCAUGGUCGACCUUCUCCAGAAACACUUCAUACCUUCAAAGAAGUCUUUAGCAAAAAAGUCACACAUGUAAAGUUAGAUAACAGCACUGACAUAGAUACAAAGUGGACUACAAUAAAGAACAUUAGUUUCGAUACACGAAAAGAAACCCAACAGCAAAACUAUUGUAGUCCAAGAAAGGCGUGGAUAUCUGAAGAAACGUGGAAGGCGAUUAAUGAAAGAAAGAACCUCCUAACCAGAAGGUACUCUAAGAAUGCUCAGUAUAACACCAUGCCAGCGAAGGUUCAACGUUUAUACCGUAGACACUAUAACCAAUAUCUGAACUCGAUAUGUGAAGAUGUUGAGGACCAUGCUAAGACGAUGCACACCAAAGAUCUGUUUCUACGAGUGGAAAGCAUCACAAGAGAGUUUAGACCCAAAACCUGGGCGAUCCAAGAUGGCAAGGGUACAUUACUAACGAAGAUUGACCACGUCACAGAAAGAUGGCGGUUAUAUUGCCAAAGCCUGUACAAGGACGACAGGAGAUCUUCUGGGCCAUUGAGCCUGAGUGAAAUCCUAGAGCCUGAAAUACUGGAAUCUGAAGUCAGGGAAGCUCUGAGAAAUAUUAAAACAAAUAAAUCAGCUGGAACAGACAGUAUAUUCGCUGAAGAACUGAAAAGCCUUGGAGAAACAGGUAUCAAAAUCUUGGAACUGUGUAAUCAGAUCUGGAGCUCGGGAAAAUGGCCUAGGGACUGGACGGAGUCUCUUUUAAUAUCACUGCACAAGAAAGGCUCGACAAAAAUAUGCCAAAACUACCGAACAGUGGCCCUCAUAUCACAUGGUAGUAAGAUCAUGCUCCACAUUAUUAAGGGACGCUUACAACCUUACCUUCAGCGGCAAAUACCUAAUGAACAGGCUGGCUUCGUCAAAGGCCGCGGGACUCGGGAGCAAAUUGUUAAUAUUAGACAACUCAUAGAAAAGAGCCGGGAAUUUAAUGUUCCGAUAAUGAUGUGUUUUGUUGACUACUCCAAGGCGUUUGACUGCGUAAGGUGGGAUUGUCUAUGGAAAAUUCUCAUAGAAAUGGGUGUUCCCUGCCAAGCUGGAAGAGACAGUAUAUUCGCUGAAGAACUGAAAAGCCUUGGAGAAACAGGUAUCAAAAUCUUGGACCUGUGUAAUCAGAUCUGGAGCUCGGGAAAAUGGCCUAGGGACUGGACGGAGUCUCUUUUAAUAUCACUGCACAAGAAAGGCUCGACAAAGAUAUGCCAAAACUACCGAACAGUGGCCCUCAUAUCACAUGGUAGUAAGAUCAUGCUCCACAUUAUUAAGGGACACUUACAACCUUACCUUCAGCGGCAAAUACCUAAUGAACAGGCUGGCUUCGUCAAAGGCCGCGGGACUCGGGAGCAAAUUGUUAAUAUUAGACAACUCAUAGAAAAGAGCCGGGAAUUUAAUGUUCCGAUAAUGAUGUGUUUUGUUGACUACUCCAAGGCGUUUGACUACGUAAGGUGGGAUUGUCUAUGGAAAAUUCUCAUAGAAAUGGGUGUUCCCUGCCAUUUAAUAGCACUGAUCGCAACCCUAUACAAGAAUGGGAAGUCAUUGGUAAGAGUGAAUGACGUGGUAUCAGCUCCUUUCAAACCACAAAAAGGAGGAUCUUUUUAA